ACGGCACGCCACGGCAUGAACGCGAAGAAGGCGCAGUCAUCGCCUCCGCCGGCAGACCUACCGCUGCCAGAGAUGAACGGCCAUUCGCACGGCCAUUCGAAGCCAGGCCGCAACGGAUCAAUCUCAAUAUCAAUGCCUUUGAGUAGCUCAGUGAACACAUACCCAUCACCUACAGGCGGCAGCAGGCGUCACUUGCCGUCUCUGUCUACGGCUUCAGCGCCGAGGAUACGUCUCUCGCUCGCUGGCGCCCGGCAGCCACUCGACACCCGCCUGCGCUCGAAGCGAUCCUUGCUGUCUCGACUAUCACUAGAUGCGCCUCUUGACAGAAGGCGAAUUGCUUGGCUGACAGGUCUUGCGACUGUCCUUGUGAUACUAUAUGUCAGUAGGGGAGAGUACAGCGGCGUACAGAGGCGUACAGUCAUCGGACUCGAGGAUGCAACGUCUGGCGUCCUCAGAGAACUCGCGGAAGCAUAUCAUCCUCACGCUGCAGACCAAGCCGAUCGUCAGGCCGUGCUCGCACCGGACAGACCCGCACAAGAUGAUGCAGCGCUCGGGCCGCAAGACUCAGACGGUGCUGCAGAGCAGGACGAUGAACCAGAAGUAUAUGAGCAGCUGGAGCCCGCGCAAAUUCACGACAUAGAUGUCAGGCCGGUCAAACACUCGCCCUCUGGGGAUCCCAAUGAGCGAUACCUGGGAUAUUUUCCACACUCGGGCUACCACAAUCAACGUAUUUCAUUGGAGAAUGCCCUCACACUCGCCAAAUUACUGGGCCGCACGCUUCUUCUGCCACCGUGCUGGCUAGGCCUGGCGAUACCGUACAUCUCGUUCGACAAGUUAUGGCAGCGCGUCGACCAAGCGAACAAGGCCGGCUUGGAGAGAUGCGCUCGCUUGGCCGAUACCGAUGAGAUAAUGCCACGCGAAUGUCUGACCUUUUUUGAAUAUACGCAAGUCGGCUGGGACUUUCUCGUCGAUCUUGAAGGUAUCGUAGCUCAGCAACCCGUCGUUGACCGGUGGAACACCUCCGAAGCUUGGCUACGGGACGAGCUCGGUCUCGAACGCAAAGACAUGUAUUUCCUCAAAGAUGCGACAGUUUAUGACUAUAAGAUCUAUGACAACCUGGAGGAUAGGGCGGAACUAGAGAAGUUCAAAACGCGCAUCGAGAUUGAUCAGCUCAGGUCAUACGAUUCGUAUAGGCUGCUCCACAUCGGCUCCCUCUUUGGAACUUCGCGUUUGCGCGUCAGUCUCGAAGAGAGCUAUGCAGCAAGAUCACUAUUCAGACAGCAUAUGGUCUUCAGAAAUCCAGUGCUUGAUGAUAUCACUGAUACCAUUCGAGAUCGGCUGGGCGGCCCGGCGGGAUACCAUGCCCUUCAUCUGCGCGUGGGCGACGGCAUCUUCCUCGCCAGCGCCCAUCAAAAUUGCCUCGACAUCUUCAGGACAUUGCUGUCGAGCAAAAUGAAGAUAGAGUCAACGCUGAUUGAUCAACUGAUCGACGAGAGUCAGCGCAAGCGACAGCAGCGUGUGCCGGGUCUAAUGCCGCGCGCUCUCGAUGUUCCGCCAUCCACCGUUGAUGUGCCUACACCUCUGGCCGACGACAAGCCUGCUUCGUCUGACGAUACAAUCAUCAAGCGUUCAAACAGCCGCCCGCAGGAUAUGGCGGCCUAUCGUCACGAGCCACUCGGACCCCUGCCACGCAUCACGUCGCUCGAGAACAGUGUUCUCGCCAAGAGCUUGCGCUGUCGGGGCAGCUUUCACAAUCGCAUCGAUCGUUUGCCCCUCAACACACCACUCUACCUCGCAACAGACUCACGAUCCCCCGCGACAGAUCCGAACCUGGCCAUCUUCUUUGACACGUUUCCCUGCAUAUUCAUGCUAUCCGAUUUCACGACCGUCAAUGCAAUCAGCACCGAAGCAGUCAAGUCAUUACACGACAUGGAAGGCUUGCGCAACGCGGAAGACAAAGUCCAUCUGGCCCAGUUCUUCACGCCGCUCGUAGACGCCAUGAUCGCUGCCAAGGGCAGAGCCGUGAUUGGCACACCUAUGAGUACAUUCAGCAGAUUCGCCGUCGACGUCUUACAUCAAGUUGCACAUGGAUGGCCUAUCAUUGAACGUGGAUAA